AUGCCCAGCGACAAGACGAUUGGUGGAGGCGAUGACGCAUUCAACACGUUCUUCUCUGAGACCGGUGCCGGCAAACAUGUGCCAAGAUGCGUCAUGGUAGAUCUCGAGCCAACAGUUGUCGAUGAGGUCCGCACUGGCACAUACCGUCAGCUCUUCCACCCCGAGCAGCUCAUCUCAGGAAAAGAAGAUGCUGCCAAUAACUUUGCACGCGGACAUUACACCAUCGGGAAGGAAAUUGUGGACCUUGUCCUCGACAGGAUCAGGAAGCUCGCGGACAACUGCACUGGUUUGCAAGGAUUCUGCGUGUACAACGCUUGCGGUGGUGGCACUGGGUCUGGCCUUGGCUGUCUCAUGCUCGAACGCCUGUCCGUGGAUUAUGGUAAGAAAAGCAAGAUCUCCUUCACGGUUUGGUGCUGCCCACAAGUUGCGACAGCUGUCGUGGAACCAUACAAUACAGUGUUGUGCGUCCACUCCCUGCUUGAGCACACGGAUGUGACCAUCAUGUACGACAACGAGGCCCUCUACGACAUUUGCCGCCGCAACUUGGACAUCGAACGUCCAACCUACACCAAUCUGAACAGGUUGAUUGCCCAGAUCAUCUCCUCUUUGACCGCUUCACUGCGCUUUGACGGUGCUUUGAACGUGGACAUCACGGAGUUCCAAACAAAUUUAGUGCCCUACCCCAGGAUCCACUUCAUGUUGACCUCCUACGCCCCUGUGAUCAGCGCGGAGAAGGCCUAUCACGAGCAGCUCUCAGUGGCCGAGAUCACCAUGUCCGUCUUCGAACCUGCCUCGAUGAUGGUGAAGUGCGACCCACGCCAUGGGAAAUACAUGGCCUGCUGCAUGAUGUACCGAGGAGACGUGGUUCCAAAGGACGUGAACGCAGCAGUGGCCACCAUCAAGACCAAGCGCACCAUCCAGUUCGUUGACUGGUGCCCCACCGGCUUCAAGUGUGGCAUCAACUACCAGCCACCCACUGUGGUGCCUGGAGGCGACCUGGCCAAGGUCAUGCGCGCUUGCUGCAUGAUCUCCAACUCCACGGCCAUCGCAGAGGUCUUCUCUCGCAUCGACCACAAGUUUGACCUCAUGUAUUCCAAGCGAGCCUUCGUGCACCACUACGUGGGCGAGGGCAUGGAAGAGGGUGAGUUCUCUGAAGCCCGUGAGGACUUGGCGGCAUUGGAGAAGGAUUACGAAGAAGUGGGCAUCGAAACGGCGGAAGGCUCGCUUAAACCAAGGGCUAUGGCGAUGAGUUCUGAGGCUCAGGCCAGCGGGGCCGGCUACAUACGCCGCGCCGCUGUUGCUCAGGUGCAAACGCAGAUGAUUCGUUUGUUGGGUCACAAUCCCAGCAAUGGACUUCUGUGACCAGCUGAGCUGGGAAUUUGGGAG